AUGUUUACCUACCUACCUCUGUACGGAGUGCUCGUCUGCCAGGAGCACUGCUACGCAGUCUACAACCUGGACGAGCACCUGAAGCGGCUCCACAAGCUACCAUCAGCAGAGAGAAGGCGGCUGAUCGCCUCGUACAGCGGGCUUGCCCUGAGCCCGCCAGAGCGCGUGCCUGCGCCGGAGCCGUACGGGCCGCCUGUGGCAGAGCUGGGUGCACCACAGAGCGCCUUCCUCUGCUGCCAAGCAGCGCAGCAGGGUGCUGAUGACAACCAUCUCGACACCACCACCACUACCCUUACCACCACUAGCAGCAGCAGCAGCAACCAAGCACACUAA